AUGGGGCUCUCCUACAACACGUACCUGAACAGCAACCGGAUCUACGGCUGCAAGAGCUGCAAGGCCCACCUGGCAAACCAUGAAGACAUUAUAAGCAGGAACUUCCGCGGCCAGCACGGCAAGGCCUACCUCUUCAACACGGUCGUCAACGUGGACACGGGCGUGGCUGGCGAGCGCAGCAUGACGACGGGCCGCCAUGUGGUGCGCGACAUCAACUGCCGUGGCUGCGGCGACACGGUCGGCUGGAAAUACGACAAGGCCUACGAGUCGGCCGAGAAGUACAAGGAGGGCAAGUACAUUCUCGAGGCGGAGUUGCUGUGCAUGGUGAGCUAG